AUGCGCGACGGCCAUGACGUCACUCCCCACCCGCGCGUCGUCGUCACCCACACAGCCAGAGCCUGCACCCCUCCACCUCUACCACCGCCUCACCGCCGCCGCCGCGCCAUGCCGCUCCUCGACGCCCUCACCGGCCACACAGACCCCGCCAAGAAGCUCGAGCACGCCCUCACAAAACAGGCAAAAUCCGACGCCAACCACCUCUCCGCCGCCGCCAAGGCCCUCCAGUCCACCGAGAAGGCCCACGCCCGCGCCCAGAAGACCGCCCGCAAGGCCGACUCGGCAGCCGAAAAAGCCGCCCGCGACGAGCACAGGUCCGCCGUCGCCCUCAACGACGCCGCACACGCCCACGACACCGCCCUCACACACGAAAAACAGGCCCAGCACGACGCCCAGCUCAAACACGACCGCGAAGCCCACCUCGAGCGCGACAUCGCACGCAAAAAAACAGACCUCGACGCCCUCGCGCACAAGAAAUCCGCCGCCGACGCUGAGCGCGACGCGAGGCUCGCAGAGAUGCACCGCGCCGGCGCACCCGACGUCCUGAAUCCGAACGCGGACGCGAAUCCGAACAACAACGACAGCGCGACGGUGCCCGCGGCGCAGCCGACUGCCCCCGCGCGCUCCAAUGCCGCCGCCCCCGCCGCCGGCACCGUCCCGGGUGCCUACUGA